AUCCGCCCCCACCUCCGAGCUGCACGUUACCAUGCCUUUCGCUUUUGCUUUUGCCCUCCUCCAUUCCACUUCCCCUCCUCACGAGAGGAGAGAGAGAGUGCGUGCGAGUGCGGAGUUACUCGGAGUCUAGUACAAGCGAGCAGUAGUAACGCUAGUGUGCGGUGGGGGAGGCGAGUGGAGGAGAGCCAAGAACACGGAGAGCACCCCUGCAGCCGCUCCGGGAUCUCCACUUUCCCCCAUUCGAGGGUGGAGUUGUUCCUACUUCCGGGAGUUGCUUCGCUUGGUGGUGCCCAGAAUUAGUGCGGAAGCAGGCGGAGUGCUCUCUGUGCUGAAAUCUGCUCACCGGGUGCCAGGGAACAGGCCGACCUUUCUGUGGGAGAUAAUUGCUUGGGAAUUUGCUUAGAAGCGACCGAAUCUUUGUUGCUGGUUGUGCACUUGUUAUGCUGAAGUUAAAUGGAGGCAGCAGAUAAGAUUGCCGAGCCCAAAGACCCUUUGGUGGUCACUGCUCUGAAGGUUCAGAACUUGGAGCCACCGAUACCGAUAAAGGCGUCAUGGAAAGGGAAGAACUCCCAGCAGCAUGAUGAGAAGGAUUUGCCAGCUGAUGGCGAGGAGAGCUUCCGGAGCCUCGAUUCCUCAGAUGAGGGUGGCCGGAGCUCCUUCUCUGGGGCUAGUCACCCUCCCGAGCCUAUUGAUAUGGAUAUUAUGAAGACAGUCUAUGUUGCAAUUGACGAAGAGAAGUCUGAGCCACCAGUGUGUUUAGUGCGAGGACUAUCAUUGAAGGGGCCUUUCAUAGAUGACUUGUCCAUCCGUGUUACAGGUACAAAGGCAAAUGUGGUGGUAGGUGCAGGCAGUGCUGAAGGUUUGGCUGAAGAGAGGAAGGUUUCUGGUUCUGCAGUGCCAUCAGUCGGCACAACACGCUCGUCUCAGGCUACUUCUUUGCCUCAGGACUCGGAGGAGAAGGAGUGCGUUUGGGAUGCUUCACUCCCUCCCAGUGGCAAUGUUAGCCCUCACAGUAGCAUUGACAGCAUGGGUGUGGUCACUGCCAUGAGCACCGUGAACAGCUGCACAAGCACGUAUAAAAAUGAAGCCAUAGCUAGUGAAGCAAUGCUUACUGUGGAGAGAAACUGUAAAAGUGUAAAGGGUGUCCGAGGUGACUUGCUGGAAAGUGCAAAAACUAGCAUGAGUCGAGCAAGUGAUAGCAGUGGCAUUAGUGAUGACAGCAGCUGGAGCAAUAUCACUGGAGGUGUCAGCAAGCCUCACAAGGGGAAUGAUCCUAGAUGGAAGGCAAUUCAUGCUGUACGAACUCGUGAUGGUGUGCUUGGGAUGAGCCAUUUUAGACUACUCAAGCGUCUCGGCUGUGGUGACAUUGGCAGUGUUUACCUCUCAGAAUUAAGUGGGACACGGUGCUACCUUGCAAUGAAAGUAAUGGACAAGGCAUCCUUGGCAAGUAGGAAGAAGUUGAAUAGGGCUCAAACUGAACGGGAGAUUCUACAGCUUCUGGACCACCCAUUCCUCCCGACUCUGUACACUCAUUUUGAGACCGACAGAUUCUCUUGUUUGGUCAUGGAAUUCUGUCCGGGUGGCGAUCUGCAUACUCUGCGACAGAGACAGCCGGGAAAACAUUUCUCUGAGUAUGCUGCAAGGUUUUAUGCUGCAGAAGUACUUCUGGCUCUAGAGUAUCUACACAUGUUGGGAGUUGUUUACAGGGAUCUGAAACCAGAAAAUGUUCUGGUGCGUGAUGAUGGCCACAUAAUGCUUUCAGAUUUUGAUCUCUCCCUGAGAUGUGCAGUCUCACCUACACUUAUCAGAGCAUCCGCUUUUGAUUCUGAUCCCAGAAGAGCGGGUGGUUCUUUCUGUGUACAGCCUGCUUGCAUAGAGCCUACGUCAGCCUGUAUGCAGCCUGCAUGCUUCUUGCCCAAAUUCUUCGGUCAGAAGAGCAAGAAAAAGACUAGGAAGACAAGGUCUGAGCUGGGACAGAGUGCUAUCACCCUGCCCGAGCUCGUCGCUGAGCCAACAUCGGCUCGAUCAAUGUCAUUCGUUGGGACUCAUGAGUACUUGGCCCCAGAAAUAAUCAAAGGCGAAGGUCAUGGAAGUGCUGUUGACUGGUGGACUUUCGGCAUCUUCCUGCACGAGCUGCUAUAUGGCAAAACCCCAUUCAAGGGAUCAGGCAACCGUGCCACCUUGUUUAACGUGGUCGGUCAGCAGCUAAGAUUUCCGGAGUCACCGUCCACAAGCUACUCUAGCAGAGACCUCAUCAGGGGGCUUCUGGUCAAGGAGCCACAGCACCGCCUCGGCGUCAAGCGGGGGGCGACAGAGAUAAAGCAGCAUCCAUUCUUUGAGGGCGUGAACUGGGCUCUCAUCCGGUGCAGCACUCCUCCUGAGGUCCCAAGACCCGUGGAGGCCGAGCUGCCAGUAAAGUACGGAGUGGCUGAGGCGAUCGGGAGCAACAGCAAGAGGAUAGUCGGCGCGGACGUUAAGUCGGGCGGGAAAUACCUGGACUUUGAGUUCUUUUAGAGUAGUGCCCAGUGGCAGCUAUUGUUUGCAUACUGUUGGUGUUUAGUCAGUUUGGCGCUGUGUGAUUCGAUAUGGUGGUGUGUGUCACCAUCGCUGCGAAGUUCUCGGAUCUGAUGUGACCGGAAUUAGAUAGAUGUGUUUGCCUUA